CUGCACCAAUAUACCCCGUUCCUGUUGCAGAGACUCCUUCCCCAAACUAUACCAAACCACCCUACCCCACCCUUUCACCACACACAUCUUCACAAUGGGUCUUUCCGCCGAGCUCAAGACGCCCGUUACCGGCACCUACACCCAGCCCACCGGCCUGUUCAUCAACAACGAGUGGGUUGAGGGCGUCGACAAGAAGACCUUCGAGGUCGUGAACCCUUCCACCGAGGAGGUUAUCGUCUCCGUUUCUGAGGCCACGGAGAAGGAUGUCGACAUUGCCGUUGCCGCUGCCCGCAAGGCCUUCAACGGUGUCUGGCGCCAGACCACCCCCGGCCAGAGGUCCAUCUACCUCCUGAAGCUUGCCGAGCUCGUUGAGAAGAACAUUGACCUCCUCGCCGCCGUUGAGUCUCUCGACAACGGCAAGUCCAUCACUAUGGCCAAGGGCGAUGUCGGUGCCGUCGUCGGCUGCAUUAGGUACUACGGUGGAUGGGCCGACAAGAUCGAGGGCAAGACCAUCGAUGUCGCCCCCGACAUGUUCCACUACACCCGCCAGGAGCCCAUUGGUGUCUGCGGUCAGAUCAUCCCCUGGAACUUCCCCAUCCUCAUGCUGGCCUGGAAGAUCGCCCCCGCCCUGGCCACCGGUAACACGGUCGUCAUGAAGACUGCCGAGCAGACCCCUCUGUCCGGUCUCGUGUUCGCCAACCUCAUCAAGGAGGCUGGCUUCCCCCCCGGUGUCUUCAACCUGAUCAACGGUUUCGGCAAGGUCGCUGGUGCCGCCAUCUCCUCUCACAUGGACAUUGACAAGGUCGCCUUCACUGGUUCCACUCUUGUCGGUCGCCAGAUCAUGAAGGCGGCUGCCGCCUCCAACCUGAAGAAGGUCACCCUCGAGCUCGGCGGCAAGUCGCCCAACAUUGUCUUCAACGACGCCGACAUUGAGCAGGCCAUCUCUUGGGUCAACUUCGGCAUCUACUACAACCACGGCCAGUGCUGCUGCGCCGGUACUCGCAUCUACGUCCAGGAGGGCAUCUACGACAAGUUCCUCGAGGCUUUCAAGAAGAGGGCCCAGGAGAACAAGGUCGGCGACCCCUUCCACGAUGAGACCUUCCAGGGCCCCCAGGUCAGCCAGCUUCAGUUCGACCGUAUCAUGGAGUACAUCAAGAUUGGCAAGGAGGAGGGUGCCACCGUCGAGACCGGUGGUGAGCGUCACGGUGACAAGGGCUACUUCAUCCAGCCCACCAUCUUCAGCAACGUCAAGGCCGACAUGAAGAUCAUGCAGGAGGAGAUUUUCGGCCCCGUGUGCGCCAUCGCCAAGUUCAAGGACGAGGAUGAAGUCAUCGCCCUCGGCAACGACAGCACCUACGGCCUGGCCGCUGCCGUCCACACCAAGGAUCUCAACACGGCCAUCCGCGUCAGCAACCAGCUCAAGGCCGGCACUGUCUGGGUCAACUGCUACAACAUGCUCCACCACCAGGUUCCCUUCGGUGGCUUCAAGGAGUCCGGUAUCGGCCGCGAGCUCGGCGAGGCUGCCCUGUCCAACUACACGCAGAACAAGUCUGUGGCGAUUCGUCUGGGCGGUGCGAUCUACUAA